UCUUUCUUUCCUCUUCUCUUCCUUCUCACGCCCAUUCAACCAUACCGUACCAGCAGAGGAAAGAGAGAAAAUUUCAGAACAAAAAAGAAGCAGAGGAAAAGAGAGAUAGAGAGAGAAGAAAAGCUGUGAAGAGAAGAGUCUGAAAUCUGAAUCAUAAAUAAUUGGUUUUUGAGAUGAAGAACUGCGAGUUGUGCAAGCUUCCGGCUCGGACUUUCUGCGAGUCGGACCAGGCUAGCUUAUGCUGGGACUGCGACGCCAAGGUUCAUGGAGCCAACUUCCUCGUGGAAAGACACACGCGCACGCUCCUCUGCCACGCGUGCCAGUCGCCCACGCCGUGGAAGGCCUCCGGCGCCGCCCUCGGAAACACCGUCUCGCUGUGCGAGAGAUGCGCCGGCGGAACCACCGAACAAGGUCAAGAGAGCCAAGGAGGCAAUGACGACGACAUAGACACCGACGAUGAGGAUGACUACGAUGAGAGCGAGGACGAGGUUGCCGCCGACGAGGAGGACGGAGACAACCAGGUUGUCCCUUGGUCCUCCGAGCCGCCGCCACCAGCCCCGAGCUCUUCCAGCAGCGAAGAGUCGGUUAGCCGGUGCAACAACGUGGACGAGGUUUCGACCACAUUGAAACGCCGUCGCCAGGAGGACAAUGAUUUUCAGGGUUGGAAUUCGAAUAAUUGGGGAUGUGAACGGAGCGAAGUGGAGAGAGGAGGUUGGUUGGUUCGGUUGCGGCGGAGAACCGCCGAUGAUGUGGCGGUUGAGCAACGGAGUGCUAGAGCGGCGUCUCCAGACGGUUGCUGUGGUGAUAGAGCAUCUGAAGACGUUUGAUCUGAAGGGACACGAGGAAUCUCAACCGCGUGAUCUACGGGGCCGUACCAUUGGAUAUUAUUUAUGGGCUCUUUGAUUAUUAACUUUCUCUAACGUUACAGCACUCAGGUUUUGAUAAUGGCAAUCAAGUGUAUGGAUCGUUUUUUUUAUUAUUCCUAUUAUUUUUUGUUUUGAUAUUUUGAGGAUCAUGGUUGUGGGGGUGAUGUAACUCUUUACUUCUAUUUUAUUGUUGUAAAAUAACAUUUUUUUCUUCUUCUGUUUAUAAGUAGGUGAGGAUGCUUUAUGUUGUGAUGAAUACAUAGGAAAAACCACGAAGCAAAUGAAUGUGAUUCCUUAUUCAUGAUA